UCCAGUCCCGCUGUGGCGCGUCGGCCGGCCGCCCGCCCGCAGGCAAGCACAUCAGCGCAUUGUGCAGGAGCAGGCACGACGUAGCUCAACCUUCAGCGGAACAAAUGAGCUGCAAAAGUACCAUUUGGCGUGGACUCAUUGAGGGCGGACGCGCGCCGUCGAAGCCAGAAGCUCUGUAAGCGACACGACGACGACUGGGACGUUCGCUUCCCGUUCAAUGGUCCCCGCUUCCUCCGCCGCUGAGUGUGCUGGCCAAAAGGAACAACCCAUAAUGCACAUAAGACCCGUCUGCUUUGCACCCACACCUACUUCCUGUCUGUAGAGGAAGAGGCUGUGCCAGGAUGUCCUCUCAUCCCCAGUCUGUGCCACCGGGCCGGAGAACUAUGGACACGCGACACCUGCCGAACCCUGCCACCUUACCGUUGCAGCUCCAGCGGGCACACACGGAAGUCGGAAUGGUGGACUACCACUCCCAUCAUGCCCGCGACUACAGCUCGCACUUGGCUCAGCCCCAUCGCCGUCGACCCUCCUUGCUCUCGGAGUUCCAACCGGGAAAUGAGAGAGGACAAGAGCAGCAUAUCCGCUACGAACACAUCUACUUACCAGAGCCUAGCAGCCAUUCUGAGUUGGAGUUCGGUGAGAUCAAACGGCCUCGUUUGGAGAUGGGACCAGAUUCUCUGAUGAGACCCUCAUCACAUCGGCCACAGUUGCCUCUUGGAGGACCUGAGGAUCUCGCUAAGGAUCGUGGAAGUGCCAUGGGGAAGCUUGAGCCAAUCUCCCCUGUGAGCCCUGUACACAUGGACCCUGAUUUGGAUCUGGUGCCAGCCCGCUUUUCCAAGGAAGAACUGAUUCAGAACAUGGACCGUGUCGACAGGGAGAUCACGAUGGUGGAACAGCAGAUCUGCAAGCUUCGCAAAAAACAGCAACAGCUGGAGGAGGAGGCUGCCAAACCUCACGAGCCAGAGCAGCCCAUUUCCCCUCCACCCAGCGAGGCCAAGCACCGCAGCUUGGUGCAGAUCAUCUACGAUGAGAACAGGAAAAAGGCAGAAGAGGCUCAUAGGAUACUGGAGGGACUCGGACCCAGGGUAGAACUGCCACUGUACAAUCAGCCUUCUGAUACCAAGCAGUACCAUGAGAACAUCAAAAUAAACCAGGCAAUGAGGAAAAAACUCAUUUUAUACUUCAAGAGAAGAAAUCAUGCUCGUAAGCAAUGGGAACAGAAAUUCUGCCAGCGUUACGACCAACUGAUGGAAGCCUGGGAGAAGAAGGUGGAGCGCAUUGAAAACAACCCGCGGCGCCGAGCCAAGGAAAGCAAAGUACGGGAGUACUACGAAAAACAGUUCCCAGAGAUUCGGAAGCAGAGAGAGAUUCAGGAACGAAUCCAGAGCCGCGUUGGGCAGCGAGGGGCUGGACUGAGCUCUUCUGCGGCUCGCAGCGAACACGAGGUCUCCGAGAUCAUUGACGGAAUAUCAGAGCACGAGAACACAGAGAAGCAAAUGCGGCAGCUGGCAGUCAUCCCUCCGAUGCUGUUUGACGCCGAGCAGCAACGCAUCAAGUUCAUCAACAUGAAUGGAUUGAUGGACGACCCCAUGAAGGUGUACAAGGAUCGGCAGGUCAUGAACAUGUGGAGCGAGCAAGAGAAGGACACUUUCAGAGAGAAAUUCAUCCAACACCCUAAAAACUUUGGUCUGAUCGCAUCUUUCCUGGAAAGAAAGACGGUGGCGGAAUGUGUGCUGUUUUAUUAUUUGACCAAAAAGAAUGAGAACUAUAAGAACAUAGUGCGAAGAAACUACAGACGGCGAGGAAGAAGCCAGCACGGCCAGCAGCAGCAGCAGCAGCAGCAGCAGCAGCAGCAACAGCAGCAACAAGUCAAUCGAAGCAGCCAGGAAGACAAGGAAAAGGAGGAGAAAGACAAGGAAGGAGAGAGGGAGGAGGAGAAACCAGAAGCUGAAGACAAGGAGGAUGGGAUGAAAGAUGAAACUUCUGGGGAAGAUGCAGAGGACAAAGAGCCUACGGUGGCCGUCAAGGGCCGACGAACAGCCAACAGCCAAGGACGCCGUAAGGGCCGAAUCACCCGCUCGAUGACCAGUGAGGUGGAGGAGACGACCGCUCCGCCUGUCAACAAUGAGCUCGCCAAUCUGGAAAUGAAUGAGAGUUCUCGCUGGACUGAAGAAGAGAUGGAAACAGCCAAAAAAGGUCUUCUUCAGUAUGGUAGGAACUGGUCUGCAAUUGCCAAGAUGGUGGGAUCAAAAACUGUGUCGCAGUGUAAGAACUUCUAUUUCAACUACAAGAAGAGGCAAAAACUGGAUGAGAUUUUGCAGCAACAUAAAAUGAAAUCGGAGAAGGAACGAAAGGCUCGCCGCAGGGGCAAAAGCCUUCCAAAUGAAGAGGCCACUGCCCCGUUCACAGCAGAAGAAGAAGAGCUGGAAGGCUCAGGGGCGAGUGGCAAUGAAGAGGAGGCACCCGAAGAUGGAGAAGUUGGCGCCAACAACAGCUCGGACACGGAGAGUUUGCCAUCACCACAUUCCGCUGAUGAUACCAAGGCCAAGGAAGAGGGUUCGAAUAAGUGCAAGGCUGGCUCUGAUAGUGGGGAUAAAGAGGUAGCUGGAACAGACACAGAGCAGGAUGGAGAUGUGAAACCUCCAGUAAAAGAAGAUCCAGAGGUCUCCAUCAAGCAGGAGAUCAAGACUGAAACAGCGUCGCCAAACAAGGAGCUGAACCAACCGUCGCCGAGCAGCGAUGUCACGGACAAGAAACCUUCGACGGCAGAGGCUGACGAUGUCAAGAACUGUCCCAAGAGCUCAAAGAAGGACCAUGGGGCCAAAGCAGGCUCGCAUGGGGACAGCGACUCCAGUGCCACUUGCAGUGCUGAUGAAGUGGAAGAAACGGACAACACAGAAAAGAACAGAAUGAUGUCUCCGCGUCCAAGCCUACUGAACUACACUCAUGAUGGGGUCAUCUCAUCCCCGCUGCAGAAGCCCAUGGACCUUAAACAGCUCAAGCAGCGGGCGGCUGCCAUCCCACCAAUUAUACCAGAAGCGUCAGUCCAAGGCAAUCAGCGGAGUGGGGGUGCCAAGGCUGUGUUGCCACCCCACGCUUUGGCACUGUACCAGCAGCAGAUCACCAUGGCUCAUGGGGAGUCGUCUCAGGAGGUCAAACAACAACAGCAGCCGCAGCUUUCGGGCCAGCCAGGCAAACAGCAGCCUUAUUCUCAACAAACAGAAAGAGACAGGGAGGCUCCGCAUAGCAGCAGCCCUCGCAUCCGCCCACGCAGCCCUUCCACUGGUGACAAGGAUGAAAAGUCUCAGGCUUUCUCUUCACACGGUGACGUCAAGAGGCCCGCGCUGGGCCCCGAUGACCUAAGGUCCGCUAACUUGGGUCGAGCGGUUUUGUCACCGUUCCCCGUGUCCCCACGAGACAUGGCCAAGAUCAGCCACGACCAGCACCUGCUCCAAUUCAACUCAUUCCAGCAAGUGGGCCACCCAGUACUUCCUGGUUUGCAACAGGAUAGUGCCAGACAAGCUGCAGUGAGACCCCUCAUCAUGCCAGAGCCCCCACCUCUCAUUUCCUCAACCAAGCCAGGGGGCUCCAUCACACAGGGGACUCCUGUACAGUUGCACAGCCCAGCUCAUGGGUUCGAACAUGGGAAAAUGCUUUCUACUCAGAUGAGCUUGUCUUGGAUUGAUCAAAGGAAAGGUGGUGGUCCAUUCCCUGUGGUCAAGCAGGAGCAGUUAUCCCCCCGCAGCUCGUCCUUGCAAGCUGACAACCCAUCUACCCAAGGUGCACCUCAUGAUGGUGGAAGAGCUGUUCAGGGAGGUAGCAUCACGAAGGGUAUCCCAGGGACCAGAAUGCAUCCAGAUUCCGCAAUCUCCUACAGAGGCGGCUCCAUCACUCAGGGGACACCGGCCGAUGUGCUGUAUAAGGGAACCAUAACCCGUCUGAUCACAGAGGACAGCGCCAGCCGUGCUGACCGGGAGCGGGACGACGCCUUGUCCAAAGGUCAUGUGGUCUACGAGGGAAUAAGUGGCCACAUCCUCACAUACGACCGUCCAGUUUCUCAAACCUCUAAAGAUGACUGUAGAGGGCCAGGACAAGCUGGUGAAAUUCUUGGCCUAAAGCGUCCUUAUGACGUGAUGGAGGGAGGCAUCUCCCGUGGUCUGCCGAUGAGGGAUUCCCUGUCUGCUUCCAACUGUGAAGGUCUAAUUGGCCGAGCCAUGCCUCAUGACAGGGACAGCCCGCACCACACACCUUAUAAAGAUGCGCAUCACAUACGGGGUUCCAUCUCACAAGGUAUACCACGUCAUCUGGACCCUCAGGAUAGCUACCUGAGAAGGGAGGCCAAGCAAAUGAAACGAGAGAACUCUCCGCCACAUGGGGCCAGUUCACUGUCAGACCCGAUAAAGGGCAGGGAGGCCAUGGUGCCCACAGUGAAGGAGGGUGGGCGCUCCAUCCACCUCAUUCCCAGGGAGGAGCUCAGACAGACAGCCAAGGAGGGCAUUAUAACGCCGGGAACUCCCAUGAAGCAGGAAGCUGGCGGCUCAGGUAAACGACACGACGUCCGCUCCAUCAUAGCCAGCUCGCCACGUUCCUACCAUAACGCACCGCCUCACCUGGAGAUGCGGGCAGACAGGGCACGCUAUGACGAGGCACCCAAAGGACGCCUGAGUGCGGUGGUCAGCACCGCCAGCCCGAUAGCUCGCUCUUCUCCCCUGACGCUGGCUUCAGAGCAGGGAAGCAAAUCGCAUCACAGCCCCGUCAGCUACGAGGACAAAGGAACCUUGAGAAACGCUUACCCCGGGCCGUCACACCGCGGCUCGCCGCUUUCCAGGGAGGCAAGUCAGCGGCAACAUGAUGGCUCCAGUAAGAAAGAACCUCAGGAGCGAAAAGCCACACCGACCCCGAGGGAGAUGAGUGCUACCAAAUCGCCUCUCCCGGGGGUUCCUGACCAGCAGACCUACGAGCGUCUGUUGCAGGGCCUCGGAGCCGACGUUUACAGACAAAUUCCUUUGGCCUUCGAUCCUGCGGCUCUGCCUCGUGGCAUCCCCAUUGACCCAGCCUACUACUUGCCUCGCCAUCUGGCCCCCAACCCGGCGUACCCUCAUCCCUAUCCCUACCUCAUCCGGGGCUUUCCAGACACGGCGGCCCUGGAGAACCGGCAGACGCUGCUCAACGACUACAUAACUUCCCAGCAAAUGCACCAGUGGCCUGCAGCGGCUGCCAUGGCUGCUCAGCGCUCAGACAUGCUAAGGGGCCUUACUCCACGAGAUCAGCCCCUUCCUCUGCCUUACUCUGCAGCCCCUCGUGGAAUCAUUGAUCUAUCUCAGGUGCCGCACUUACCUGUCCUGGUCCCUCCCUCUGCAGGGACAGCCAGCUCCCCAAUGGACCGUAUCACCUACAUCCCAGGGGGGAGUGCCACCUUCCCUGGCAGGCCUUACACCACUCCCCCAAUCUCACCCGUUGGCUCCUCGCACAUGAACAAGAUGCAAGGCGCAUCCUGUUCUUCAGAACGCGAGCGUGAAAGAGAACGCGAUCGUGACAGAGACCGGGAUCGGGAGAGAGAACGCGACAGGGAUCGUGACAGAGAGAGAGAGCGGGACAGAGAAAAGGGUGGAGCAAACGUGGAGCAUGCCCCCAUUUGGCGACCAGGUACAGAGCACAGUUUAGCAAGUAGUAGCAGUGUGAGAUCUUCUUCCCAGCCAUACAGCCACCAGCAUUCACCAGUGUCCCCUCGCACCCAAGAGAACGUGCAGCAAAGACCAAGUGUCCUGCACAAUACUGGAAGCAAGAAUCUUUCUUCCGAACACCCCAGCCCCUCUGUGUUACGAUCCAUACCUUCAGGACCCUCCCGUUACCAAGGUUACCAUGGUCAUCUUCAAAGGACCGGUUUGCCCCCUGAGGCCUACGCCUCUGCCCUGGACUCGAGCGGAGCCAAAGAGCAGAGUCGUGAAGGAGGCAAAAACAGGGGACUACCCAAGCAAGUCCAAGACCAGCACGGGCCCUCGAGCAAGUCGGACCCCAAGCUUACAAGCCCCAGCCAGGGAGGAAUAUACCCAGGUCCUUAUUCCUCGAUUUCAGGACGACCAGCGCACCUGCAGUUGGAAAACCCUCCCGGCCGCGGGGACAGUGGUACACCUAGUAGGGAAAAUACUCAAAAUAAAGUGAUGUCCAUUCAGGAACAAGAGCUCAGAGCACUCGCUCAACAGAAGAUGGAGUCACAUGUUCUGUACCGUCCUCCGUCCGAGGAGAGGCUUUCGCCAGGCCAGAAGCCGCCUUCUCCUUGUGUGAAAGGCAGCCAAAGGGUCGUCACCCUGGCUCAGCACAUCAGCGAGGUGAUAACAAAGGAUUACACGAGGCAGAGUCAACAGCAGCAUCAACAAGGUUACCACGGCUCGCCCAUCCUGGACUUGACCCGCCCUCCCAGUGCCUCACAGCCCCCGCCCUCCUCCCAGGAGGCUCCCCAAGUGGCCCGCUAUCACGAGGGCCUCGGGGGCGAUCGUAACAGAGACCGGUCUCCUCCUCAGUCCAAGUGUUCGCCGAUCAGUGUUUCCAAUGACUGCAUCGAACCGGUUUCUCCUGCUGGGGCCAACUCUGAGCCUGAAAUCCAGGGAGGAGGCUCCUAUCCCAGUGAGCAAGGAGAGCAAGUAAUGGGCUCCCGUUCCCCGCCCAACACCUCGCAGCCGCCAGCUUUCUUCAGCAAGCUGACUGAGAACACCUCCGCUAUUGUGAAAUCAAAGAAGCAGGAGAUGAUCAAGAAGAUGACCGUGGUGGGAAACGACGAUUUUAAUGCGGGUCAGCCUGGAACAGAAAUCUUCAAUAUGCCAGCAUCUACAACAGCAGGAUCAGUGGGCGUUCGCAGCCACCCGGCCCCGGAGAUGCCCGGCAGCUCCAUCGGUCUGGAGGCCAUCAUAAGAAAGGCCUUAAUGGGAAAAUACGACGAUCAGCCCGAGGAACGCUCGCCAGCCGCGUGCGCUAACCCGCUCGCCUCGGGUCUGCCCGUUGGCUUGAGCGGAACGGACGGCCGCGCAGAGGACACUUUCUUACAAGGUGGGGGGAAGCCCUCAAAGGGCGGCGGGCGCUCCAACGGGCGCAAGGCCAAGUCCCCGGGACCCGGCCUGUCGGGGGGCGAGAGGCCGUCCUCCGUGUCCUCGGUCCACUCGGAAGGAGACUGUAACAGAAGAACGCCGCUGACCAACCGAGUGUGGGAGGACCGGCCCUCGUCCACAGGUUCGACGCCGACCCCCUUCCCGUGCAACCCGUUGAUUAUGCGCUUCCCCGGCGGGACGGUUUCGGUUCCCUCGCCUUCGUCCGGGCAGCCGGCGGGCCACGUGGCCGCUCAGGGGCAGGGCCGCGCCUGGGAGGAGGAGCCCAAGCCGCUGCUCAUGUCUCAGUACGAGUCGCUGUCCGACAGCGAGUGAGCGGCACGGACGCGCGUGGGCCGAACGCGCCGCCCCCUCUGCGGUCCGCGCGCUCCCUCCAGGAUUCUGUGAACAACUCGUCCCUUCUUUCACAUCUCCUCGCCGGCCGGGCGCGUUCGACGCGCUCGAGCGCUUCCGCGUUUGCUUGCCGGGUGGGAUUCUCGUCAAGUCGGCAGCCCGACCGGCAAGAGGCCCCUCGAACAUUUCUUGAGUGUCUACCUUGCUACAGGUGCAUGCAAGGGAUGGGACAAAACUUUGUUGUUGUUCUUUGAUUUGAUUGUUUGUUUUUGUUCUUGGUUCUUUUUCUUUUCUCAACUCACGUGAGUCUCGUGAUUGGAAAGCGAUGGCGGACAACAAGUCCCUUUUCGGUGUUGAAUGUUCUUCGGUUAUAGCGUACGCGUGCCGGUCCUCGAUCUGCAAAGACGAAUGCUUUUGGGGUCGGGGGGCUCAUAUCAUUGGUUUACAGGGUAAACGUCCCGUCGCUCGCUGAUGUCGUCCGUCGGCGAGGGUCCCGAGGAACGGCCGACGCCCGCCGAGGUCAGUCCGCCCAGUCGGACCUUUCGGCACACGAUGGCGCUCAGACGAGUGACGCGCUCGCUGUUUUUAUAUUCGCCGCAUCUGUGUUGGUUUGAAUGCUUUUAGGAUAUUAAGCACUUAGUAGUUGGCCCGUUGGCAACGGCGUCGCGCCGAAAGCAGCGCGGCGGACGCGAUCUCCGCGCGGUGUGAUUUCAAACGACCCGAGCGCCAAUCGCGCCGGUCGCCGGCAUCGACGAGGUGGACCCCGGUCCCCUCCCGUUUUGGAGCUUUCGUGACAGUCUGACCUUUGACCUUGUACUGCAUAGAGGGAAGACCCUUAGCUUCGCCACUGCGCAACUUUUGUACAUUAUAAUAUAUUCUUCAUGUUAAGUGCCAUUUCUUUUCCACGCACAGUGCUGAAGUUACCAAGUAACGCAUCAUGUCUUUUUCUUUCGGGCCCCACCUUUGCCAGGGUUUCUUCUGUGCAUGCUGGGAAUUGUCAACAUAGAAGCAAAUGAAAUGUCAUGCAUUGCCAAAACUCAAAAUCUUACCAAGAAGAGUUGUCUUUAUUUCUAGUCAAAAGUCUUAAAACUAAUCUGAUUACACUUCCAAUAAAAAAAGCAAAUUGUUUUGAGACCAUUUUCACUUGUUUCAAGCUCAUUUUGACUUCCAGUAAGCAAGCAAGCAGAGUUAUGUUGAGCGCGCAGGUGUCAAAGUCGAUAUCGAGCAGACAAAUUAUGUGGCAACGAACGAACCAAGACGAAAAAUUGCCAUUGACCUAAGUGACGAGUCUCAUUUGAAUUUGUUGUGACCGGAAAUAAGACAAAUCUUCUCGGUAAGCUUUUUGAGUUUUUGCAGCGCAGCGAGCUUUUUCAACCGCAAAGCGAAGCAAUCGGUCCUGCGUGACGUUUUCUCCAUGGCGACCGCUGCCACGCUCGACUUCACUGCGCUCGAUUGUGGGCGGGUUCGAGGGAGGUGAGGGGGGGGGAAGCGCCGCGAAGCAGCGACAACAACAACAAAAGGCUGCUGUCCAAGGUCGCAUGGCCCCGUGUGGAGUUUGGUCCUUGUGGUAUUUUCUCGGAGUUUAGCGACAUCCGUGUUUUGGGCCCACCUCCUGUCCCUCCUCCAUCCCGCCUCUUGAUGGCGACGCACGUCGCGCCUGCACAAUGCUCAUUUCAGCCGUCUUCGGGGUGUUUUUCGUUUGUUCCCCGGCCCCCACCCGGAGGUUGUUUCAUUUGGCCACAUGUUGUACAGUGUCUGUCGCUCCACGGUUUUAUCAUGAAUCCAUUGAUGAAGUUGAAGAAUGUGAGCGUAAACGGAUUCGGAUUCAAGUCAUAUUUAGCUGUUGCUUUAACGGAUGACGGACUAAUCCACUGAUUUUAAAAAGUUUACUAAAUUGAAUUUUAACAUGCAUUCAUUUUGCCUUUGGUCCCACAGUUUUGUCCAACCGCAGUUUGUUGACAUGUCAAAAAAAAUAACAUGAAUAUCAAAUGUGGUCCCUGGGGGGAGGGCGGGGCUGUGGGGAAAUUAUAACAUUGUUCCACCAUUUUGUUCAUAAUGUUUUUUUUAUAUAAUUAUAACCCACUGUAUAAUAACAAGGAUUGUAUAUAAAACUAAAUAGAUGUAAAUAUUUAUGUGGCUUGCUUCUAGGUUGGUAUUACCAAAACAAACAAACAAACAAACAAAACACAACACGGUUAAAUUCUACAUGCCCACCAGCAAGCUUUGUGGAUAGCAGUGUACAAAUGGAAAACAAAUAAGACACUGCCUUAAUGUUGAAAUAAAAACCUUAUUGCCAUUCACAGUGUCGGAGGAGUCACUUGUAUAGGUGUGUGUGUGUGUGUGUGUACACACACACACAGUAUAUCGAAAGUAGGUUAAGUGGACGGCGCCAGUGCAAUGCAAGGUCAGCUGGCACUAGGGGGCGCCAUACGUACAUUUUCCGGCUUUGGAGAAACUCGCCCAGAAUGUCCGUUUGCAGUCUCGUGGCAAAUGUGUUGGAUUGGGGUUGAGGUCAGGGCUCCGGUGUUCCUUUCCAGCCCAGCCAUCAAAUCGUGUGUUCGCGCAUCCUCAAUGAUUGUGUUUGCGCGAUCACACAACUCAUCAUGAGAAAGCUAACGGCUAUGAGUGAAGAAGAAUUGUGAAGCCACUUCCAAAAUGGUCUUUCGGCAUUCGUCUCCUUCUCAAGGCAGAACCAUAGACUUGUUUUUAUCAAACCAGCUGACGAGGGUAGUUUUACAACUUACUUGUGACAGUCCUGUAUGGUAGAAAAUGGGAGUCUCAACAGAACAUUAUUUGGACUUCUGCCCUCCUUGAUUUCCCUUCAAGCUUGACAAGAGAAUCGAUGUUUUGAAUCGUUUUUCAAUUCGAGCUGGCCAAGUUUAAGCAGCGCGCGCGCGCGCACACUUGAGACGCAGAUCGCGAAAACCUCCUGGAAACAUUGUAUUUUUAUUUUUAAAGUAACUAUGAGUUUAUGUUUAUACUCAUGUUGAGUUCUCACUAUGACAAAAAAAAAUUAUGAACGUGAUUAUUUUUGAUUGAUGGGAACCCGAUUUGCAACAGCCUAUCACAGCCCGGCUGGGGGGGAAAGAAAAAGUCCAUCCGGCGCGAACGUCACCAACGUGCGUCGUCAUGUCUGCUCGCAACGAUCCCGCGCAAUUUCCCAAGUGAAACUACGAGUGUCGUUAUUUUCUGAAAAUGAUCAAUUAAGCCCAGUGUCAAACUCGGGGCCCGGGGGCCAGAUGCGGCCCGGCACAUCAUUUUAUGCGGAUCGCAAAAUCAAAUCAUGCUCGUCGACUUCUGUGAUUUCUGCUCAAAUCUGUACCCAAAUUCUAAAUUGUCAUAAUAAUAAACAAUAAUGUUGUGCUAUUGCAUUUUUCUGUUACCAAAUCCUUCUUCUACAGUAACUUAAACAAUACUAUUAUCCUUGUCUUCGGAUUUCAAAACUAGUUAUCCCUCAAUUUGUUGUGUAAUGUAAUUGGUGAUUAAACAUGGAUAUGGUUUCACUGUUCUAACGGCCCUCCGAGGGAAAUCAUAACUGCAGCGCAAAAAUGAGUUUGACGCCCCUGAAUGAAGCGUUUGAAAAUUGCAGCCCCAAUAUUCUGGGGCUCGCGAAUGAGGACGACAAAAAGUCUAGUUGCCAUCAAGAAAACAACUGUACAGGCGUCCCCGGGGGAAAUCCUUUUGGUUGCUUUUCCAGUUUGAUGUUUAUUAUUAUAUACAAAAUAUUGAGAAUGACUUUUUUUAAAAUUCAAUUACAACAUACAUCUUUAAAUUAGAUCAGAACAGGAGCAACGGCUGUUGUACAAAAAUAUA